UGUGACUGAGUGGCGGCGGAGUGAACUUGUGAGGACGAGGAGGGCGAGAGAGGGAGCUGUGCUCUCUUUCCCUCGCCGAACAUUAUUACUCUGCUCUAACGUCGCCCUUUCGGAUUGAUUUGCUUUUAGUCUAGCGGCAAGAGGAUCCUGCUCGGGGUUGUCACCAUUCCUGUGGACUAUAGCAGCCGACAUGGACUCCCGCAUAAAGUUCAUCUUGUUCUCCGGCUUGUGGUUCGGAACGGGAGCGGAGUUUGACGGCAGGUGGGCGAGGCAGAUGGCGCCGUCCAACGGGCUGUGUCGAUACGGCGACAGGGUGAACUGCUGCUGGGGAUGGAUGCCCGGCCCGGGGGGGCAGUGCCAACCGUCCGUCUUCUUAACCCACAGGCUAGUCGGGAUAAGGUGCCCCAAGCCCCAAGCACUGUGCCAGCCGGGCUGCAAGCACGGAGACUGCGUGGGACCCAACAAGUGCAAAUGUCACGCUGGGUUCACUGGCAAGACCUGCAAUCAAGAAGAACAGCCGGCAGACUAUUUCACUCCACACAUGUGGUCCAGUCUGCUUCCUAUAUUUCUACCUGUGGACCAUCAGCCGGCGACUGUAGUCUUGCAGGACCUGAACGAGUGCGGACUCAAGCCUCGGCCCUGUAAACACAGGUGCAUGAACACCUACGGCAGCUACAAGUGCUACUGCCUCAACGGCUACAUGCUGAUGCCUGACGGGACCUGUGGAAACCUUCGCAGUUGCGGCAUGGCCAACUGCCAGUACGGCUGCGAGGUGCUGAAAGGAGAGGUCCGAUGUCAAUGUCCGUCACCGGGGCUACAGCUGGCUCCGGAUGGCAGAACCUGCGUGGAUGUCGACGAGUGCGCCACUGGGCUGGCAGUCUGUCCACGGUGCAGGAAGUGCAUCAACACCUUCGGCAGCUACAUCUGCAAGUGCCAUGAUGGCUUCGACCUGCAGUACAUCAAGGGGAAAUACCAGUGCAUCGAUGUGGAUGAGUGCUCUUUGGACCCGAAUCGCUGCAGCAGCUUGGCCACCUGCUACAACACCAGGGGCUCGUACAAGUGCAAGUGCAAGAACGGCUACAGGGGGACGGGCCGCGACUGCAAACCCAUUCCCAAAGUGGUCAUCAAGCCUCCCAGACCGGGCGUGUUCCCCCCGAGCCAUCACAACCACCUCCCCGACAUCGACCAGAGGAGGACCACCACCACCCUGCGCCCAGUGGUAACAAUGUUUUUCCCCGUCGCCCCCAAAACGACGACCGUCGCGACGACGACGACCACCACCACCACGACAACCACUGUCAGAGCAACGCCACCUCCACGCAGGACACCGCCUCCUACAAAGAAGCCCUUCGUCCCCACCAGGAGGCCGCCCGCACCCACAAGCAAGCCCUACGUCUCUCCAAGGCCGGUGGUCCCGACCAGGCGGACCCCGGGUGUUACAACUGUGGACAACAGCAUCCACAAGGCCACCAAGCACAGAGGAGACGUCUAUAUUCCGCCGCACGGUAAAGACGACAUGCUGGUGGACUACGAGAUCUUGCUUGGCGACGAGGAUGAGCAAGUUAACGAUGAAGCCGAUUCAGGCUUCCUGAGCUGCUCCUUUGACGACGGCCUUUGUGGCUGGAUCACAGACCAAGGCGGAGACGUGCACUGGGAGACGACGCCUGACCCAGCAGGCGGUCGCUACCUGACCAUACCAGAAGUGGGCAGCAAGAGGACGGGACGCGGGGCGAGGCUGGUCAUCCCCUUGGCCCCUCCCUGGAACGAGGGCAACCUGUGCCUGACGUUCCGCCACAAGCUGGCCGGCCACCACGUGGGCAUGCUGCAGGUGUUCGUCAAGAAGGGGACGCAGUACAAUCCUUCCGUGUGGGGAAGUACGGGUGGAAACCGAUGGAGGCACACCCAGAUAACGCUGUGGGGGAUGGGCCUGGAGAGCGUGGUGCUGAAGGGCGAGCGCGGGCGGGGCAGAAGCGGCGAGAUGGCGUUGGACGACCUCUCCUUGAGCAAAGGCUCCUGCACGGACGACUUUCUCGCCCCGAAGCGGAAAAAAAAGUCAUCUCAAUGAGACAAGGUGACGUUUGUUUUCGCCUCACUGGCGCCCCCGUGCUGCCGACACAGUGAACAACACGCCACUGAAGACUGAACUCGCAGCAGCAUGGGGGCCGCUUGCUUCUGUGUGGUUACCAUGGAGACACCAAGGUACAUCAGUUUUUUUACUUGCUGUUCUGAUCUGCGACGCCUGACAAAAGACAACUCGGUCCCCAAAAGUAAGAUCAGGAGAAUCAUGUUGACAUUUUACGAGGAACAAGGUUCAAAGAAAAAGUGCUAAAAAGGAAAGAAAAGUGCUAAAUUCUAAAACUGCUGAGAUAAUGCAGGAAUAAAGUCACAUUUAGAAAAUAACUUAACACGAGAACAAGGUUGAAAUAUUAAGACAAAGAGUUGGACCUUUAGCGGGAAUACAGAUAAAAGUAGCGAUAUUGUGCGAAGACAAAGUGUGUUCAUUUACGCGAACAAAAAUAUCAUUUUAAAAGGAAACAAGUGGGCACAUAAUUUGAAUUAGAAGACAAGGUAAUAUUACAAGUAAGCUGUUUUUAUGACAAAAUGUUGUUAUUGUGGAAUAACAUAUAUUUACCAGGUUAAAAUUUGAAUACAUAAAAGAGCUACAGCGGGCAUAAAGUCAUGUGUUCACGAUGAAAAGUAACACAAGAAUAACAUUGAAACUUCAAGACAGAGGAAGUUGAGCUAUAAAGUCAUAUUUACCAUUAAAAGUGGUCACACAAAAUUUAAGGUGGAAAUUUUAAGAAAGAAAAGUUGGGAUGUAACGGGAAUAAAUUCAUGUAUUGACGAUAAAAUGUAACAUGGUUGAAAUUUUAAUACAAAAGACAGUUUGAUCAGAAAUAUUCACAAUAAAAGGUAACAUAAUAUAAAGUUGAAAUUUUAGGACAAAAAAGUUGUAUAUUUACAAUAAAACGUAACAUUAUGAUGAGGUUAAAAUUGUAUUACAAAAGACAGUUUGAUCAGAAUAAAGUUGCAUAUUCACAUAAAAAGGUCACAUAAUAUAAGGUUGACAUUUUAGGACUAAAAAGUUAGGCUGUGGCAGGAAUAAAGAUGUAUAUUUACGAUAAAACAUAACGUUAUGAUGAGGUUAAAAUUUUAGGACAAAAAAAGCUGAGCUAUAGUGCCAAAAAGUUGCAUAUUUACAAUAAAAAGAUGUCAAAGGACAAUAUGGUUGACAUUUGAGCACAAAUGGGCUGUAAAGUGAAAUAUUCACAAUAAAAUGUAACAAUAUGAAAAUAGGGUGGAAAUGUUACGAGAUUUUCGAUCAAAUUUUGGGAAGUGUACAAAUUUAUAAACUUGCAAUUCUACACGAAAAAAAAAACCUGACUCUACUGGAAGUAAGAUGUUUUUUUACAGGACAAAGUAAUAUUAGGACGCAAGUUAGAACUUUGAUGGAAAAACAUGUUACGAUAAAACAGUAGCGGUCGUUUUCUUCUGACACUAAAAAGUAAUACGAGAACACAUUUGACAAGAUUACGCCGGAAAGAAGGCGUUUUCACAAGAAAGUAAUUUUGUGAGGAUAAAGCUGCUGUCAGUUUUAGGAGACAAAGUAAUAUUACCACCAAGUUAGAUAUUUACGAGGCGUAAUGUUACACAAGAAAAAGAGUUCAGCAUCAAAUCAAAAUUCUCUUCUUUUCUUUCUAACGAGAGAAGUUGAGGGAAAAUAAGGUGGACAAUUUUACAAGUAGUAAUAUUGUUGGAAUUGAAUCAACAUUUGUAGGACAACAAAUAUAUUAUUGAUAGGACAAAACCAAUAAAGAAAAAAAUAACUUGGGUAUUUAUUCUUGCAUUAUAAUCAGUUAUUUUUGUAAAAUUGCAACUUUUUGUGAUCUCACUGGCUUUUUACAAAAUUAUAACACAUAAUUUUAUCAGCAAUAUUCCGAUACUUUUUAUCAAGUAUUUUUUUAUUGAUUGGUCAAAUGUACUUGUCGUAAAAGUACAUCAAUCCAAAACAUCUCAGCUUCUGUCUUGCAAAAUUAGGACUUUGUACUUCACAAAAUGCUACUUUUCCCAAUCAUAACUACAACUAAGUUUUUUUAGUACGUUUAUUUAGGUUUUUUUUCACAGUUUCUGUCUAUGAAAACACUCCACACUAAUUUUUCAUAAAUACUCCAUUUUUAUUUUACGACUUAGUUAUCCAGUCACAGACAAGUCUCCAGCUUUUAUAAACUGUACUCCACGGCUGUCCAAUGAAAAGCGGCUAUUUCCACAUUUAGUGAGUGUAAAAAGAGCAACGACUCAGAAAAUAUGAAGAUUUGCGGUUUUGCAUUGGACAGCGACGGUGGCUGUAAAUGUAUUUGUGUGUACAUACGCUCAUGUUGUGUGCUUUCCAAAUUGUUAAAUAACACAAAAGCUCCACUGUUGUAAUGCACCAUGCAUACAUGUGUUAUGAAUACAAGGUCUGUGUUGUGCUUCACGACGCUCCCUUCAACCUGUAAAGCACAUGUACUGUAUGCUGCAUUGAUGAUGAUGAUGAUGAUGAUGAAGGGUUUUUACAUUUGUUUGUGAUAUGCAUGAAAACAUUCAACAUAUUCAAAUUAGCACAAAUGCAGAAUGUAAAUAAAAUAUGUUUGACACACAUAAUAACUUAAUUAUUUUAUCUUUUAAAAAGAAACUUGUUGCACAUUUGAACAAAAAACGGACAAAUACAAAACCCAAAACCAGUGAAGUUGGCACGUUGUGUAAAUCGUAAAUAAAAACAGAAUACAAUGAUUUGCAUAUCCCUUUCAACUUAUAUUCAAUUGAAUAGACUGCAAAGACAAGAUAUUUAAUGUUCAAACUGAGAAACUUAUUAUUAUUUUUUUGCAAAUAAUCAUUAACUUAGAAUUUAAUGGCAGCAACACAUUGG